UGUUCAGAUUAUGCAUGAACUACGGACUUUGCAUUACUAUCCUAUUAUAUGCAUUAUCCGGGGUUCAACUAGACUCUCAUGUCCCUGAGACGCAACAGCGUCACAUAAGCCUAUUUUCGUCAUCUCCAUCAUAUCUAAAACAGCUUCGGGAUCAACCAACCUCGACGAAAUGAAGCUACACAGCUUCUUACUACCGGCCUUAGCUGGCAUUGCCACUACCCGCGCCGAAGACCAGCAACAGAAUGCCGAGGCCUACAUCAUCAGACAAUCAAAGACUACAACUCCCUCGAAUCCUCCCUCGAUACCAAACGAACUCGCCCGAGCUAUCCUCCUCCAGCGCCUCAGCACGCCAGAGCAACCCGCGUCUUUGGGGCAGCUGCCCGAGUCUCUUUCCCAAGACGAAUCUGUAUCCUACAUCAACCGGUUCGGAAAGGCACCCCGACCACUGUUUGGAGAGGCCAAAGACGCGAACGAACCUCGCCAGCUCGUUAUUGCUUUCUCCGGCAUCACGGCUGAUAAACACAAGGACUUCAAGGGCGCCAUACCGCGCGUGCCUCUCGCCUUCACAGCUCCUGGACUGAGCCGGUUACCUGUUGCGGGCAAGAAAUCAAACUGCGCGUUCGAACAAUCCAUCGACUCCGAUAACGAGAAGUGCUGGAAAGGCAAGACGCAGUAUCUCGAAUACGAUGUUACCAAGAACAAGAACGCAAUCGCACAACUGGGACAAAACAUCGAGUCUCUCAACGCCCAAGCCCUCGCCGGCAAGCUUGAAAUCACCAUCCUCCUCCUCGCACCCCCCAGCAGCGAAUCCGACGAGCUUCGCCGCCGAGCAGUCAAGGAAGAGAAAGUACUAGCCGAAGACCACGGCGACUUCGUCAACAUCCCCACGGCCGAUUCCACCGUCAGUCACCCCGGCGCCAACGCCGAUAAACCAUUCCACGCCUUCGGUUCCAGCCUAGACUCCCCGGUCGCCGUAUCCCGCCCAGCGCCCGCCCCCAUCCUACCUUCCUGCUUCACCUCUCACAACGCGUGCAUCACCGCGACGGACUCGUGUUCAGGCCACGGGCAAUGCGUCGAUCGAUGGGGCAAGGUUGACGGGGCUAAGAAAGCGUGUUUCUUCUGCCAUUGCAUGGCUACCAACGAGACUGACGCUCGCGGCAACACUGGCGUGUACCACUGGGGCGGCUCUGCUUGUCAUAAGCGCGAUGUUAGCACCCCAUUCUGGCUCUUCGCUGGCGUGUCGAUUGCCCUCGUUGCUACUGUUGCCUUCGCUAUCGGUCUGCUGUUUAGCGUCGGUGAGGAAAAGUUACCUGGUGUUAUCGGAGCUGGUGUCUCGCGGACUACGAAGUAAGGUUGAUAUUUCGAUAUACAUAUCUAUUGCCGGUUGAUGGUCUUUCUUUGAAACGGGAUCAGGAGAGCAGGAUUCGCGGCGGGAGUGAUCAGAAGGGAUGGAUAGCAAAGCGAAGGACUCAAGCCGUUGUGUAUAUCACGUACGGCCAUAAUGCACAUGUAUCAUACGUGUAUCGAUACCGGGGACAAACGAACGAUUAAUCAAUCGAAUAACGGGCGCUGGUUAGCAUAUCUGUCUCCACCGUCUAUUGGCGGUUCUCAGAAAGUUAUUUCAUUUAUGUAGAAGGCUAGGUUCAUAACAUCAAGAUUCAUUAAAUU